GGGCGACGCCCGGUGAGUGCGGGGGAGGGGGACGCGGGGACGCUAAGAGAGUCGGGAGGGGCCUGAGCGCGACGCUGGGUAUCGCCGGGAGCGGAGGGCGGGAGCGGCGAGGACGCGCGCUUCGCCUGGGUCGCUGGCGGACGCGCGCCGGAGUCCGAGCCUGAGACGCGCGGGCGCGAGGGACCGUGCAGAAACGGAGACUGGGGCAGCUGGAGGCGACAGCUUCGGAAGCUUCGGAAACACGCACGACAGCUGGGCUCCGGGGUCUUAGGCAGUAGCGCCCCGGCAGGGAGGUGGGCGCGGCACGAAAACGAAUUUUUGUGCUGCUCUCCAGUGAAAGCCAGUACCCCUAUUUGCUGAAGGCUUUUUAACCAAGGCUGCUUUCAGCUCUUGACAUUACCCAGAGAAAAGGUGGACUCAGAAAUCAGGGAAGCAUUGGAGGUUUCUGACCCUGAGGAUCUUCUGAAGAGCAAUGCUAAGAAAACCUUUGGCUUAAGGAAUUAAAACGAAAUACCACUUCUUCAAGUAAGAAGACCUACUUCAAAGUCCCCUGCAUGAAAAAUUAUUUAAACGCCGCACACCAAUCUUCCGUGAGAGAAGAAAAGGAAAUUCCGUGCGUGGGUCUCAGCAGGAGUGCAGCUGAUGCAGCUUAAAAUAAUGCCGAAGAAGAAGCACUUAUCUGCAGGCGGAGUGCCCCUGAUUCUCUUCCUGUGCCAGAUGAUCAGCGCGCUGGAUGUUCCUCUCGAUCCAAAGCUCCUUCAUGACUUGGUACAACCUCCAACCAUCACUCAACAGUCACCAAAAGACUACAUCAUUGACCCUCGGGAGAAUAUUGUAAUCCAGUGUGAGGCCAAAGGGAAACCUCCCCCAAGCUUUUCCUGGACUCGUAAUGGAACUCACUUUGACAUAGACAAGGACCCUCUGGUCACCAUGAAGCCUGGCUCAGGAACCCUUGUCAUCAACAUCAUGAGUGAGGGGAAGGCAGAGACCUAUGAAGGAGUCUACCAGUGCACUGCAAGGAACGAGCGUGGAGCUGCCGUCUCCAAUAACAUUGUUGUCCGCCCAUCUAGGUCACCCUUGUGGACCAAGGAAAGACUUGAACCUAUAGUACUCCAGAAUGGGCAGUCAUUAGUACUUCCAUGUAGGCCUCCGAUUGGAUUACCUCCGGCCAUAAUAUUUUGGAUGGAUAAUUCCUUUCAGAGACUUCCACAGAGUGAGCGGGUUUCCCAAGGCCUAAAUGGAGACCUUUACUUCUCCAAUGUCCUCCCAGAGGACACCCGUGAGGACUAUAUCUGCUAUGCCAGAUUUAAUCACACUCAAACCAUCCAGCAGAAGCAGCCUAUUUCUUUGAAGGUGAUUUCAGUGGAUGAAUUGAAUGACACUAUAGCUGCUAAUUUGAGUGACACUGAGUUUUAUGGUGCUAAAUCUAGUAAAGAGAGGCCCCCAACGUUUCUAACUCCAGAGGGCAAUGAAAGCCACAAAGAGGAAUUAAGAGGAAACGUGCUUUCGCUGGAGUGCAUUGCGGAAGGCCUACCUACUCCAAUUAUUUACUGGAUCAAAGAAGACGGAAUGCUUCCCGCCAACCGGACAUUUUAUCGGAACUUUAAGAAAACCCUGCAGAUCACUCAUGUUUCCGAAGCCGACUCUGGAAAUUAUCAGUGCAUAGCAAAAAACGCAUUAGGAGCCGUCCAUCACACCAUUUCUGUCACUGUUAAAGCGGCUCCCUACUGGAUCGUGGCACCUCAAAACCUCGUGCUUUCCCCGGGAGAGAAUGGGACCCUCAUCUGCAGAGCUAAUGGCAACCCGAAACCCAGAAUUAGCUGGUUAACAAAUGGAGUCCCAAUAGAAAUUGCUCUCGAUGACCCCAGCAGAAAAAUAGAUGGCGAUACCAUUAUAUUUUCAAAUGUUCAAGAAAGCUCAAGUGCGGUUUAUCAGUGCAAUGCCUCUAACAAAUAUGGAUAUUUACUAGCAAAUGCAUUUGUAAAUGUUCUCGCUGAACCACCUCGGAUUCUCACAUCAGCAAACACACUGUACCAGGUCAUUGCAAACAGGCCUGCUUUGCUAGAUUGUGCCUUCUUUGGAUCUCCUAUGCCUACCAUUGAGUGGUUUAAAGGCACUAAAGGAAGCGCUCUUCAUGAAGACAUUUAUGUUUUGCAUGAUAAUGGAACAUUAGAAAUUCCCGUGGCCCAAAAGGAUAGUACAGGGACGUAUACUUGUGUCGCACGGAAUAAACUAGGGAUGGCAAAGAAUGAAGUUCACUUGGAAAUCAAAGAUCCAACCAGGAUCAUUAAACAACCUGAGUAUGCAGUCGUCCAGAGGGGGAGCAAGGUGUCCUUUGAAUGCAGAGUGAAACAUGACCACACCUUAAUCCCCACCAUUAUGUGGCUGAAGGACAAUGGAGAGCUGCCCAAUGAUGAAAGGUUCUCCACUGACAAGGAUCAUCUGGUGGUAUCUGAUGUAAAGGAUGACGAUGGCGGAACCUACACGUGUACGGCCAACACAACGCUGGACAGUGCUUCGGCCAGCGCUGUGCUCAGGGUUGUCGCUCCUACUCCAACUCCAGCCCCCAUUUACGAUGUCCCGAAUCCUCCCUUUGAUUUAGAAUUGACCAAUCAACUUGACAAAAGUGUUCAGCUGACAUGGACCCCAGGCGACGACAACAAUAGCCCCAUUACAAAAUUCAUCAUUGAGUAUGAAGAUGCAAUGCAUGAUGCAGGGCUGUGGCGCCACCAGGCUGAAGUUUCUGGAACACAGACCACAGCCCAACUGAAGCUGUCUCCCUAUGUGAACUACUCCUUCCGUGUCAUGGCAGAGAACAGCAUUGGGAGAAGUAUGCCGAGCGAGGCAUCCGAGCAGUAUCUUACAAAAGCCGCAGAACCAGAUCAGAAUCCCAUGGCUGUGGAAGGACUAGGGACAGAGCCGGACAACUUGGUGAUUACAUGGAAGCCCCUGAAUGGUUUUCAAUCGAAUGGGCCUGGCCUCCAGUACAAAGUGAGCUGGCGCCAGAAAGAUGGUGACGAUGAGUGGACGUCUGUGGUUGUGGCCAAUGUAUCCAAAUACAUUGUUUCUGGCACACCAACCUUUGUCCCAUACCUGAUAAAAGUUCAAGCUCUGAAUGAUGUGGGGUUUGCACCAGAGCCAGCUGCAGUCAUGGGGCAUUCUGGAGAAGACCUUCCAAUGGUGGCUCCUGGAAAUGUUCGCGUCAGCGUGGUGAACAGUACGCUGGCAGAGGUGCACUGGGACCCAGUUCCUCCCAAGAGUGUCCGAGGACACUUACAAGGCUACCGGAUUUACUACUGGAAGACCCAGAGCUCCUCUAAAAGAAACAGGCGCCACAUUGAGAAGAAGAUCCUCACCUUCCAGGGCACCAAGACUCACGGCAUGCUGCCAGGGCUGCAGCCAUACAGUCACUAUGCCCUCAACGUCCGAGUGGUCAACGGGAAAGGGGAGGGCCCAGCCAGCACGGACAGAGGCUUCCAUACACCGGAGGGAGUCCCUAGUGCUCCCUCAUCUUUGAAAAUUGUUAAUCCCACACUGGACUCCCUCACUUUGGAAUGGGACCCCCCAAGCCACCCAAAUGGCAUCCUGACUGAGUACAUCUUACAAUAUCAGCCAAUUAACAGCACACAUGAGCUAGGCCCUCUGGUAGAUUUAAAAAUUCCUGCCAACAAGACCCGCUGGACUUUGAAAAAUUUAAAUUUCAGCACUCGGUACAAGUUCUAUUUCUAUGCACAGACAUCAGUGGGGCCAGGCAGUCAGAUCACAGAGGAAGCGAUAACGACUGUGGACGAAGCUGGUAUUCCUCCACCUGAUGUAGGUGCAGGCAAAGUCCGUGCAGUAAACCCCAGGAUCAGCAAUCUCACUGCCACAGCUGCCGAGACGUAUGCCAAUAUCACUUGGGAGUAUGAGGGACCAGGACAUGUGACGUUUUAUGUUGAAUAUGGUGUAGCAGGCAGCAAAGAAGAAUGGAGGAAAGAAAUUGUAAAUGGUUCUCGAAGCUUCUUUGGGUUAAAGGGUCUAAUGCCAGGAACAGCAUACAAAGUUCGAGUUGGUGCUGAGGGGGACUCUGGUUUUGUGAGUUCAGAGGAUGUGUUUGAGACAGGACCAGCAAUGGCAAGCCGGCAAGUGGAUAUCGCGACCCAAGGCUGGUUCAUAGGUCUAAUGUGCGCUGUUGCUCUCCUCAUCUUAAUUUUGCUGAUUGUUUGCUUCAUCAGAAGAAACAAAGGUGGUAAAUACCCAGUUAAAGAAAAGGAGGAUGCUCAUGCAGACCCUGAAAUCCAGCCCAUGAAGGAAGAUGAUGGGACGUUUGGAGAAUACAGGUCUUUUGAAAGUGAUGCAGAAGAUCACAAGCCUUUGAAAAAAGGAAGUCGAACACCUUCAGACAGGACUGUGAAAAAAGAAGAUAGCGAUGAUAGUCUGGUUGACUAUGGAGAGGGGGUGAACGGCCAAUUCAACGAGGAUGGCUCCUUUAUUGGCCAAUACAGUGGUAAGAAAGAGAAAGAGCCAGCAGAGGGAAAUGAAAGCUCAGAGGCCCCUUCUCCUGUCAACGCAAUGAACUCCUUUGUUUAAGUCUUUAAGCUCUGUGCCAAUGUCUAAUCUCUCUGGAAUGGUUUUCCUGAACACCUGUCAUCCCUCUCAUACUACGGACAUAUGGGUAGAAAGAAUGUUUUCUGCGGUAUAUGAGUAUUAUGAGACCAGAGCAAGAACAUGACUCAGUCAAAUGAUACAUUAAUAUGAACUGGGGUGCAAAGUGCAUACGUUUUUGUUCAGAGUGGGGUUUUUCUCAAUUUCCUUGGAACUGAUUAAAAAGAAAUACAACAUCAUCAAUAGAUUACAUUAUUCCCUGUGCGGGAUCCAGUUCAAUACGAUGCAUGAGACAUGCUGCACAGAGGACACACCUGUGUAUGUGACUGCGAUGUGGUUGGGUACUUUGUUGGCACUAUCCUCAGCUGAUCCCUAAAUAUGAAUUCCGUUGUCAUUGUGAAGAGUGUUGCUGUAGUGUUCUCUAGAGCUUCAAUGUCUCUGUGGACAUUGUUGUUAAACUCGUGACUAUGUCUAGCUGGUGUUAGUCUUUUUGAGAGACUAUUAGGAACAGUGUGUACAGUAUAUACUUGCUACAUGAGUUACUUAUGACAGUUGCAUCCACUAAUGCUCGCUGAGACUCUGAAACCUGUUCUUUGCUCCCGGACCUUCCUAGGCUUUUUAUCCUUCCGGGUGUCACAGCAGCAGAGUCCCACUUACUAUACUAUCUGCGUUCAGUCCUUUGGGGGGCAUAAACAUUGCGUAUUGUGACACCUGCUGGCAUUUGUGCCCUACUCAAAGAAUUGAAGUCAAAGCUCUCAAGUGAAAUUUUAAAUUUUAGUUCAGAAAAUGCAGGGCAAGACACACGCAGUGCCUUCAGACAAUUAGCAUUCCCUGACUCCUGUACUCUGUAUCAGCCAGUGUGGGCAACUUCAUCCUACGCUACUGUUGUUGGAAAGGAACUUUUCCAAGGCAGAGAUAAUUCGAACUGAAACUGGGAGCAUAGGAACAACUUUAUUUGAAGUGGUGUUCCCCACACAAAUAUCAGGCCUCCAAAGCUCUGUCAUUGUCGGGUGUACAGGAUGGUUUUGUUGUCUUUUGUGGUUUCUAGCCAAACAAGUCAAGUUGAAAAAAGGAAAAAAUGGUAUGGUUGGAAAUGGAUAGAAAACCCAAUGAUUGCAGAAGUAAAAGCGUACAACAGCAUGCCUAAAGUACUAAAUGAUUCACUCUGCCUAGACAAGCUUUCAAAUUCCGCAGCAUUCAGCAACGUGUAUGCAAAUUGCAACAGGCACACUCCAGAACCUGAGAAACCUGACCAGUGCUUAAUUAGGCCAGCAGUCAAAGAGAUUACACCUCGAGUCUAAAGAACAAUACUAUAUCCUAUCAUAGCCAUAAACAAUGUGUGUGAAAUGGCUUACCUCCAAUAUAGAAACCUAUGACCACCUAUGGUUGAAGGGAUGCUCAGUUUCAUUUGCCAAUAAAUUGGUUUCUCAUAACUUGCAUCAAGUUUAAUUUUAAGUAAAGCCUUUUAUAUGUAGGUAUUCUGUUGAAUUUGUAAAUAUACUUAGAGUGUAGAAGCUAUAUGCUCAUAGGUAUUACGUGCAAAUAAACAUGCAAUCAAUGUUUAUGUUCUCCUGUGUGAGAAGCAGGCUAGUUGAUGAAUGUAGUAAGUAUGUGGGACGAGGAAACAUCCAAAUGUCUUUCGUGGUGUUUCGGAUUUAAUUUUUUUCCCCACUCUAUUUUUGUUUGUGAAACUGAAAUAGUGAACUCCGUGCCCCCCACCCCUUUCUUCAGCCUGUUGCUGGCUGAAAGCCUCAGUGUUUUGCCAAUGGAGUACAUUAGGGUUUGCCACCUGACACCUUUGAUGUGUACAGGUAAAGCUUGUUUUAAAGUGAUUCCCCAAAUGAAGUGGCCCUAAAUACUCUCAUCUUUUCAUAUUCACUCUCCACAAACUAGCCUAUCGAUUGAAAAUACAAAAUAACACACAGGCUUGCCUCAACAUAACAAAGCACAAAGACAAAAGUUCCUUUCAAGUCAUCAAUGCCUUCAGUGAAAGACAAAUGUGAAGUCUCUGCUCAUCUAUAACUAUGGAUGCUAAAUUUCUCUGUGCAUGAAGAAGUCACGCCUGUAGAUAACUACAGAUUUUCUAUUAAAAAUGAAAAAUUGAGUGUGGUUUUAAAGCCCCCCCCCCCACUCCUUGUACUUAGUCAUGUUCCUGGGGGGGGGGGUGGGGGGAGGGUGGGUGUGUAGCAGGUGUACCCGGCAGCACAAUGCUUCUGGACUUCCAUCUGAAAAGGGACUGGUAAACAGCCCAGCUCUCCUCAGUUUCAGCUUCUUCAAACCUGUACUUCCAAAGAUUUUUGAACAAAUUCUGACAAUUUUGUUUCGUUUUUAAAAGACUUUGGAUUUUAUCGCCAACGUAAAAAUAAGAAUUAGAAUCAGGAAUUAUUUUUUUUUUUCCGAGACAGGGUUUCUCUGUGUAGUCUUGGCUGUCCUGGAACUCAUUCUGCAGACCAGGCUGGCCUGGAACUCAGAAAUCUGCCUGCCUCUGCCUCCCAAGUGCUGGGAAAGGCGUGAGCCACCACCGCCCGGUGAAAUCAGGAACUUUUAAAUCAAAGGUUAGGGCUAGUUACGCAGGAAUAGAUAGCAAGAGUCCUUUGAAAACAGGUGAACAAAUCUGGUUCCUUUGUCGAGUCUCACAAUAGACCAACUGCUGGUGCCCUGUCCAUACAACCAGUGGGACCUCCUCGCUACUCAGCCAUGGUCAAUUUAUAUUUCUUAACAUGGCUACAUGAUGAGAGUUUGAACACUCAUACAUAUUACAAAUAUGUCAUCUGCUUCCUUUUCUCCACCUUCAUUCUUCUGUCUCCAUCCAAGCCUAGCAAUUAUCCACAUUCCACCACUUGCCCCUUGGUCACUGACCCCUGGUCCCAGCAGUGCAUCCAGGAGAACUACCUGCCUUGUGCUCUCAGAGUUAUUUAGACAGCAUGCUAUGAAAGUGAAUCGGAGAUGCCAUAGAGAGAGAGCUCAGAAUUCCUCUCACAGAGGACAUGUUGGCUGCUUUCUCGGACCCUCCCUUCUGUCCUCACUGUGGGCCAAAUUAACAAACCUUAGCCUCACUCUACAUCAUGACACGGCUCCGUGGCAACAGGAACUUUGAAACUUUAAGCAUGACCUCAGAAAAAAUCUUGUAGUUAUAAACCUUUAUAAACCAUCUUCUUCAUUGGGUUUUAAGGACUUUCGAGGUAAGGGGAGUCUAAGAACUCAGGGAUUUUCAGUCACAAAAUGAGUCACUUCCGCUUGAGAUGUUUCCGCAGCUGACCACCAGAGGGCGCCUGUGCUUUAUCCUGCGUCGAAGAAACUUGCUAGAGAAAGCAGGCUAAUGACCCUGGCUGGAUCGGUUUUGGAUAAUUAAAUGAUGACCCGAUGGUGCAGAAAAUGAUCGCCUGUUCGUACUAGGGAAAUGAGAUUGCAGCUCUCCCCAGCGACUGCAUGACUGUGUGAACCUUUUGCAUAGUUUUUUCUCUUGAUUGAGCCUAGGUGUGUCAGGGAAGAGUUGCCUCCAGUCCAGUGGCCAUGUUUGUCAGGUAUAGGUGCGUGUGUGUGUGUGUGUGUGUGUGUGUGUGUGUGUGUGUGAGAGAGAGAGAGAGAGAGAGAGAGAGAGGAUAAAGGAAGGGAGUCCUUAAAAUGGCCUCACUUCCUUUCUUUAAUGAUGCUAUUUUUGUCUGCCACCAGUGGUUUGACAUUUUAUUAUUGACUAGAACACACACAAAAGUAGUUUAAAUACUACCCUCAGCUCAUAUGAUUCCACUUAGGAGACGGGGAGAGAAAAGCAGAGAAUAUCACUGCAGUAUUUGUACUGAAUAGUGGCUCAGUGGGGUGGAAAGAUCAGUGUAAGAGAGAAGAAGGAUUCAUAUUCCAACCCCACCAUCAGUCAGCAGUGUGUGUGCAGGAACGCCUCCUCUCGUCAUUCACUCCACAUCUGUCUCCUCAGUCAGACAAUGAUGGGGCAGAUCGUGUCUAAUAUGCCUUUCUAGUUUAAUCCUGUGUGUCCUAGUAACAAAACAAAAACAAAACAAAACAAUCCGAGCGCUUGCUAGGGACAAACACAAGCCAGGUUUGAGUCCCGCUGUGUGGGGCCUGGAGCCUCGUGUUUCAAGACAGCUAUAAUCAGUCAGCUUCCUGCAUGGGUGCAAGUCCUCACUUAGAGCUCGAAGGGAAAGCAUAAACAAACGGUAGUGGGAGUGCUGUCUACCUCUGAGGAAGGAAGUGUGCACUGAUAGGAGAAAGCCAAGGAGAAGCCAUAAAGGCCAAGGGGACAAAGCUGGCAAGCAAGGUCACCAUGCUCGCCUAGAUGCAGAGGCCAGGCUCUGCUGGGUUUGAGGAUCAUGUGACAAGCAUCUGCCUUUAGUCAAGAAGCAAUGAAAAUUGAGGAGUAGGUCAAGGAACCUCUACGAUUAAGAGCACAAGAUUAAGCCAUGGGGCCCAGAGGAAAUUGCUGGGAAAAACAUGAGCUAGAGGAAUUAGGAUGACAUAUGAGCCAGAAACUCUCAACGUAGUGCCCAGGAGCAGAAGAGCGCCCUCUGCAGGAGACCAGUUACCAGGCGCUCCAUGUCUCUGCAGAGCAGGAAGUUGUGUUGAGGUUGAAGUGAGGAAAAGAUGAUUGCAGAAGCAAAUGUCAGAUAUUUAUGCCUGGGUCUGGACACCUCCCCCCUGACAGAUGCCCACCCAUUAGUCACCCCUGUCUCUUCUCUCCUGGCUGUCUACCGACUUUCAAACAACUCAGGUGUCUCAGAGACAAACAGGCUCUUGCAUUAGUCGUCAGUGCUUCAGUUAUCAGCUGUCCUCCAAGUUUCAUGGUUAAAAUGGUUGAAAUAAUAGCAGGAGAAGUAUAUGAGGAUAAUUGUAAAAGCCACCACUGGCCAGAAUGUACAUCCUCUGUUCCUUCUAUGGCUGUAAAAUCCCGCAGUCCCUCUCAGUGUGCCCUGUAGACUGAGUCUUUCUUCAGCUCUAAGUGUGUGGCUCACGAUCUCAGCAGGUGACUCAACACUCAACAACAAAACAGACUCUUUCCAUCAGACACUAUCAGCUGUCGCAUUGAAAUCACUUGCCUGUAUUAAAAACUCAAUUCCUGUUCACCCAGCUCACAAAGUCUUUAUUUUCAUUAUCUGAACUGUGGUUUGACCAUCACUAGGAAAAAUCACAGAUGAUUCUAAUGUGUAGCCCAAGUGGAAAUUGGUGUUGACAAGAUUCUCCUGUGCUACUGUGCAAAUAGUCAGGGAACAGUAUUUUAAAUAACUUCCUCAACACAGCCCAAGGGUGGAUUUCAAAUUCUCUUCUAUUCUCCACAUAAAGUGAAUCUAGAGAGAAUAGACCCCCUUAUACAUUGCUGAUGGGAAUAUAAAAUGGUCCAGCCACUUUGGAAAAGAGUUUAGCACUUUUUUUAAAAAAACUGAAUAUAAAUUUACUAUGUGACCAUAUUCAACUCAUAAGUCUAGACCCAAGAGAAAUGAAAACCUACGUCUAGCCAUAGACUUGUACAUACAUGUUCAAAAAGCAUCAACCAUAACAUGUAGAAAACAACCCCAGUGGCUAGAAAGUGCCCCGAGACGGGCGGCCGAACAGAGUGAGUAUAUCACAGGCAUAGUUGCCAUAGAUGCAGUCAGACGGGACACUAUUUGGCAGGUUAUAUGACGGAUUGAUGCAUGCAACAGUGCAAAAACCCCCCAAAACAUUAAAAUUUAAAAGUCAAGCACAAAGACUGAUAUUCUAAUUUACUUGAUUGUCCAAAAAGGCAAACCUGUGCAAACCUGAGGUAAAUUGGUGUCUCUAGCUGAAGGAGGUGGAGGCAAAGAUUAACUUCAAAUUGGUGUGAGCGCUCGUCCUGGAGUAUGAAAAUAUUCUUGAGUUUUAUAGUUAUAGUGAAUUAUUGUAUCAUGUUACAACUCAGUAAAGCUUAUAUUGGUCUAAAGAGUGAAUAGAGUUACCUAUAAAUGAGGUUUGCGGAUGAUCACAUCCCCACAUCAUAGAUCCAUUGCCUCCUGUUUCCUCAAGGAUGCUGCAAGGCCAUCAACUCCAGGUGUUCCCCCAGAAUAGUACCAUCGCUUGGUAGAACCAUAUUCCCUGACUGCUCCAAUUGGUAGGAAUAGGAAUGACUUAGCUUUGACAUUAAAGGACAAAAUCAGAUACUCUUCAUAACAGAAAAACAACAACAACAACAACAAACUUCAAAUAGUUCAAAUGCCCAUAAUAAGUUAGUGGCUAUACAAAUUUUAAAAUGUGUAGCACUUUGAGACCAUGAAUCAACAGUAAGUACAAACCCUCGGUACAAGUGUCUCUGCCACUGAGUGAAAAGAGCCAGACACAGAGGUUUUGUUCACGUGAAACAUUGGGGCAGGUCGAGCUACCUUACAAGGACAGAGAGCAGAUGUAUGACUGUUGGGGAGUGGAGUGUGCAGAGGGAUUUCCUGCUGAGAUUCGAAGAGAGCUCAUCUAAAUGGAUAAGGAGGAAUCCGCAUUUCAAUCGUGAAGAUAGUUAUAGGGGUAUUUGUUCAUCAGGACCCAAAACUAUAUGCUUAAAGUAAGUGUGCUUUGUUAUAUAUGUUGUAUUUCAAUAAAGUUGAUUUUGAAAGGAAAA